AUGAUGCAUCGCGGCGGUGGACAUGCGCACAAAGCUAUCGUACAACCUAUUGUAAGCAAUAUUUUUUUACUAAUAGUAACUUAUUCUUCAGAGCGUCCUUUUCAGUUUUAUGCAAAAGGUGAGCGUCGACAUUUUUAAGCUUACUGUUUUUCCAGAAAAGUCGCGUUCAAGUUUGGCUUUAUGAGCAAUGUAACCUUCGCAUAGAAGGUCGGAUAGUCGGUUUUGAUGAAUACAUGAAUUUGGUGCUUGUCGAGGCUUGUGAGCGCCACAUGAAAUCUGGAGCAAAGCGGUUCAUUGGUAAGAGCAGUCGCUAACUUUAUACUCUUCUUGAAGGACGCAUUCUUCUAAAGGGCGAAACAAUUACUGUUGUACAGAAAAUUCCGCAAUAA